AUGAGAUGGGAGUAUAAUGGAUGAGACUCAUCACAAUUUAUGGAUUUCCGUUCUCACUUAAGCUACGGGGAAAAUGCUGAAAAAGAAAUUAAAAAAGCAAGAACAAAAAUAGAGGAAAAUAAGGAUUUGGAGCAAAAACUUACAGAAAUAAAAGAGUCUAAUAAAGAAAAGAAACUUGAUAAGACUUUAACGUUUAAUGAAGAUUCUAUGCUGGAAAUAAUGCCAAAGAUAUAA